CGUGUUUUGAAUUCGUCGACCAUGUUGCGUAUGGUUCCUGGGCCGACGUCCAUGACGGCAACGGUGCGUCAAGCAUACGCCGAGGACGUAGGGUCACCAGACGUCGAGCUGGACGAGUUUGCCGCAGAUUACUUUGACCUGGAAGACUCGCUCAAGCGCUUGCUGUCGUUUGAUGGAUCGAUUGCAAUUGGUUCGGGCGAAGGCAUGGCGUGCUUGUGGGGUGCAAUGAAGAGCGUACUUUGCCCUGGCGACGUUGUCGUCAGUGGUGCAAACGGUAUUUACGGACAGGUUUUCAAUCAGUUAUUGCAAUCGCGGCGAGUCACAAUGAUGGAUAUCAGGGAUUUGCAGACAUGGCGAAAGGACUUGGCGCGACCGUCAUUACGAUCGAAUCCUCUUGGACGACAGGCAUCGACCCCAACACGAUCAUUGCUGCUAUCCAUGAACACAAACCGCGCCUUGUUACGAUGGUUCACUGCGAAACGCCAACUGGAAUUUUGAAUCCUUUGACCGGCAUCGGUGCAGCAUUACGCGAAUCAACCUCGGAUGGUCUCCUUCUCGUCGACUUUGUGUCGAGUUCAUUCGCAGUGUCAUUGAAUGUGUCUGCCGAACUCAUCGACCUUGGCCUGCUGGCGCCACAAAAAGCACUCUCCGGUCCUGCUGCUUUGGCUGGAACCACCGUGUCGGACCGUGCGUGGAAGCGAAUCUUCGAAGUCAAGUACGAAGGAUACGACGCAUUGGUGCCUUUCUACGGACUAUCCCGUGCUGUGCCUUUGUACACGCCGUACACAAAGGAUUGGCCUGCUGUACGAGCGACGUUGCAAGCAUGUCGUGAAUUGGAGGCGGAAGGAUUGAGUUCUGUGAUCCAGCGCCACGCGCUUGCGGCCGCCGAAUGCCACAAGUUGGCUGCGGACCUUAGUCUGUCGUUAUACUGCGAAACCCUCGAGUUUGCUGCCCCAACCGUAACGGCACUGCAUGUACCCCCCCACAUUGCAUGGGACAGCUUUGCGCAAGCUCUGAAGCGUGAACACCUCAUUUGCGGUGGCAAUUACGGUCACUUGGCAGGAAAAGUGUUUCGCAUUGGGCACAUGGGAUCGCAGGGCAAACCCGAGCUCGUUCGAGCUGCCAUGCAAUCGGUGGCGAGAGCGUUGACAUCUCUCAACUAAUUGAAACAUGGCCAAUGCAGUACUGCGUAGAAUACCUGCGCAGCUAU